ACAGGAUACACCAAAAAUGACUGUAUAAACAAAAACCUUAGCCUUACUUUAUAUGGCCAACCAAAGUUGAUUAAUAAAUGGGCAACACAUGGGACAGAAGUGCAACAAGAUGAGUUUGGAUUGUACAGGUAGUUGCUUCUUCAAUGAUACCAACAAAACAAAGAGCAAUGCUAUCGAUCGAGAUAUAGCGAAAGAAAAAAUGUUUUACAAACGACAGGUCAAACUAUUAUUACUUGGGUGUGGUGAGAGUGGCAGUACUUUCCUCAAGCAGAUGAGGAUAUUACACGGGCAAGGUUAUGAUGAUAAAGCUUUGCUUGAGUUUCGAGCAACUGUGUAUAGCAACAUUGUAAAGGGAAUGAAGGUCCUUGUGGAUGCCAGGAACAAACUUGGGAUUCCAUGGGAAGACCCAAGCAGGCAGAGCCAAGCAGAUUACAUUAUGACGUUCGAGCGAUAUGUCUCAACCGACGUUGAUCCCUUCCUACAGUACGUCCCCCAUAUCAAGGAGUUAUGGAAAGAUGAGGGAAUCCACACAGCUUAUUACAGAAGGAGGGAAUUUCAAUUAGGGGAAUCUGUUCAUUAUUUUCUAGAAAAUUUAGAUCGAAUAGGACAAUCGGACUAUGUACCAAGCAUGCAGGAUGUUUUACUAUCACGACAAGCAACACGGGGCAUCCAGGAAUAUGUGUUCGAAAUCCGACGAAUACCUUUUCGAUUUUUCGACGUGGGGGGCCAGCGUGGCCAAAGACAGAAAUGGCUGAAAUGUUUUGAAGACGUCACUUCCAUUUUGUUCCUCGCAUCUUCCUCCGAGUUCGAUCAAGUUUUGAUGGAAGAUCGGAAAACCAAUCGACUCCAGGAGUCGCUCGACAUCUUCGAGUUGAUCGUCAACAACCGAUACUUCGUGAACGUUUCAAUCAUCCUCUUCCUCAACAAGUCCGAUCUACUCGAGGAGAAAGUGAAACAAGGAGUCUUACUUUCCGACUAUUUCCCCGAUUUUGAAGGAGAUCCAUUAGACUUAUCAGAUGUACAGAACUAUUUAGUGUACAAGUUCGAAUCCCAGCGAAGGGACAGAGGAAAACCUUUCUUCCAUCACUUCACGAUGGCUAUAGACACUAACAACAUCCGAUUCGUGUUUAACGCGGUAAAAGACACGAUCCUACACGAUAACUUGCACCAACUUAUGCUGCAGUGAUCCGCGGGACUUACGGCCUCCAAACCCGGCCAAGACGCGAACUUUGCCCCGAUCCCCGGGCCACGUCUAAUGAACAAAGGCAGAAGUAUUUUCACGUAAUCUAAAUGGAUUCCCGCUACGUCUACCGACCAUCGAAGUUCAAAAUUAAGUGAACACUCCCCUCAAAGGCCAGGUUACAUUGUUUACAAUCAUACAUAUAAACGACCAAUCCAAUCAACAUAGAUGCGGACACCGGAUGCACGCAACGCCCACCACACCAUAACGCGUUGCUUACACUUUAAAAUUCGCCACCAAAACUCCGCCCCCCAAAAAUGAGACAGUAAUGUUUACGAAACAACAUGAAAUACCACAAUUACUCGUUAAUAGGAAACCCCUUUGAAACGGCAAACACAAAUUAAGAACAAAUAUAUCCCGUCACAUAACACGUCUGUAUUUUAAACCGGUAGCAAUCGGUUGAUGAAAUGCAGUUUAUUCGCAGCAUCAUCGUGAUGAAGAUUUAUUUAAUAUUUUACUUUUCCCUGAUAUGUCUAUUUGCCAACCUUCUAUGUAUUAAACAAAUACGUUUUCCCGUUUCAAGUGCCUUAUGGCGUAACCCGCUACAGAUAACGCACUUCACUUACAAACUGAACCUGCCAAACAUUCCGCUUUGAAAGUAACGUUCUCGGCACCACAGCAAGCCAUUAGUAACAUUGAAUUGCCUCAAUAACAACCGUCCCCACAAUCCCUGCCAACCCCAUGCGUUCCCACACACCACCAAACUUUGUCUCGUCUUCCACGGCCAAGCACUUCAAAACGAACCGUCACGCUUUCUCGCGCGACUUAAAUCCUUUCUUUUACAUCUGCUACCAUGCAUAAUGUAAAUAAUCUUUUAAUGGCUUAUCCGGUAUAAAAACGCAGCGUAUUUUCGUCUUUUUUCCGUCAGAAAUACGCUGUUUUUUUAUAUCAGAUGAGCAGUUGAAGGAUAAUUUAAACCUUUUGUUUGAACCAAUACUAACGUAAAACUAACACACCCCCCCCCACCCAUGAGUGCUAUCCUUAUACACACACACUUGCGAGGAACGGAUAUUCGUUGUUUGUUUUGUGAAACCACCGAAAAAGUUGCAAAUUCCAUGAAUUUUUACCUUGAAUUUUGUUUAUUUCAACUACAAUCUGUAUCGCUACCUUAAAAGUGAAACCGAACUGAAAUGUAAUCAAUAUGAGACAUCUUUUUUAAACCCCUUGGAUAUUUAACUCAUUUACCUUCAUGCAUGGCCGACUAUAGUUACCCUCCAACCAAGUCAACAAACGACCCAGUUUGUUGCAUCGGAAGCAAUCCUACUUUUGAUUACCUACUCUACUGUCACUAUAUUGUCCUGAAACAGAGUAAAUAUGAAUGUAGAGUGCAUGAUGCCACGUAUUCCACGUAACUACCAACCCACAUUAAGUAUUGUAUUUGUGCAAUGCAGUGUUCAUGCUCACGAAGCUAUUUUUUAAAGUAUUUCUUUUUCUACCCGUCCGUUUCAAGUAUGAACACCAGCACGUGAUGCGUCUUCCAUAGAACUACCGUGCUUUCACGAAUGUAUUCGCGUCUCUGUAGGAUUUCUAAUUGUUUUACUCUUUUAUUAAUUUACUUAUAAGUUUUAAAAGUUUUGUUAACGGCACUAACACGUUAGAUUUUCAUCGUCGUUUCAUUCAUUGUAAGCUAUGAACGGUCAACGCCGUUUUAUAGUCGUUGUUUUAUAUGACGCCUUUGUUUUGUGUCCUGGCGCGGAAACUCGCGAAUCACUUAUGCAGAUUAUUGUACAUAUCAUGAAAUAAACCAAAGUACGUUCCCCAUG